UUCCCGUCCAACCGGUCAGUGUGGUAGUAGCUGGUAGGCAGCUAGCAGCUAGCUGAGCUACCUCCUCCUCCUCCUCCGCCUCCGCCUGUGAAGGCAGCACAACGGACCCGUGAAUGAAUCCCCGCACCUCAAUGCAUCUCCUGUGGCCGUGAUGGCAGCGGCAGAAACGACGGCGGCAGCUAGCCCCCUCUCUCGCCACUACAGGAGGAUGCUGAAGCUGUUCGGUGCUCUGGUUAUCCUCGGACUGGCCCUGGCGUGCAUCACCUCCUGGGUGCUGGAGAGCUAUGACACGGCUUGGCACCCUAAACGCAGCGUCCAGCACCAGACUGCCGGUGAUGGAGAUGAAUCCAAGGGGAGCUCUCCACCAUUUCCCGGCGGCGAGUUGAACAAUAUAUUCUGGUUUAUACAGGUGUCUGACAUUCACAUUAGCCGAUUUCACGAUCCAAGACGCAUCCCAGAUUUUGAGAAGUUCUGCACUGACACCAUCGAAGUGAUGAAACCAGCUCUGGUGCUCGCAACAGGGGAUCUGACGGAUGCAAAAACGGAGAGUAAGGUGGGUUCGCUGCAGCAUGAGGUGGAGUGGCAGGCCUACCAUAACAUCCUGAAGAGAUCACGAGUGAUGGAGCGCACUAGGUGGAUUGACAUCCGUGGAAAUCAUGAUGCCUUCAACAUAAUGUCAUUGGACAGCACCAACAACUAUUACCGGAAAUACUCGGCUAAUCAGAAAGUAGGCUCCUUCCACUACGUACACAAAACUCCCUUCGGCAACUACUCCUUCGUUUGUGCAGACGCCACCCUGAUGCCGGGACCCAAGAGGCCGUACAAUUUCUUUGGUAUUCUCAACCAGACUCAAAUGGACUUGCUGGACACGUUCAGAGCUGAGAGUCUGAAAAGCAACCAGUCGAUCUGGUUUGGCCACUAUACCACCUCCACCGUCGUUUCCCCAUACCCAGGAGUUCGGGAUAUGAUGAGGUCUGCAGUUGCUUAUUUGUGUGGUCACCUGCACACACUGGGCGGCCUGAUGCCCAUCCUCCACAGUAGACAUCCACAAGGUACCCUGGAGCUGGAGCUGGGUGACUGGAUGGACAACCGCAAGUACAGAGUUCUGGCCUUUGACCACGACCUGUUGAGUUUCUCUGACCUGAAGUUUGAGCAGUGGCCUGCAGUGCUCAUCACCAACCCCAAGGAUGCCCAGUACCUGCAUCCAGGUGUUGAGCCUCUGGGCCGGAUACGGAGAUCCACACACAUCAGGAUCUUGGCCUUCUCAGAGGCCCAAAUCACAGCGGUACAUGUGAGUGUAGAUGGGGAACCUUUGGGACAAGGCCUCUCUGCUGGAGGACCGCUUUAUGUACUGCUGUGGGAUCCGUCUCUCUACCUCAGCGGGCUACACACAAUCAGAGUUAAAGUGGAGGACUCGGCAGGCCGGUCAUCAGUGCGGGAGCAGCACUUUACUCUGGAGGAAGACCUGACUCCCAGCUUUGGUUUUGCGCAGUCCUUCAUCCUUCUAACCGACCACUACAUCCUGGGCAGAGUGGCCUUUAUAUGUACGAUGCUGCUGAAUGUUGGUGUGCUGCUGGUCUUUAGGUUCCUGCGUGUUCCUUCGGGGAGAGGAUUGACCUUUCAAGCGUGUCUGUCGCUCCACAUGGUCAGUAAAAUGGACACGUUCUACUACUCUCUGCUGCUCUUCAACCUGUGUACAGCCUUAGGCCCAUGGUUUAUAGGAGAGAUGAUAGAUGGCCAUAGUGGUGCCUGCUUCGCCUUUGGGGUGUUUAUUGAUGGACACUUCCUGGAGGGCAGUCUCACUUAUGUUGUUGGAGUCGUACAACUGCUGUUCUUCAACAUGCCCCUCUACUCUUACCUCUGCUGGAGCCUCCACCACCGUUGCCGCGGCAACACCUUCCGAUCCCACUUCCUGCGGCCGGGCUGCCGCUGGCGGACUCUAGCAGUUCACUUCUUCAUGCUGCUGCUGCUCACCUGGCAGGCCCACUCCUGCUACUUUCUCCUGGAGACCUACGGCCCCACGGCCUUUUUCCUGUCUCCGGUCCGCACAUGGGCAUUGGGGCUCAGUCUGCUAUUGGUCUACCGUGCCUGGACAGGCCCCGCCCCUCUUGUUCAUGACAACAGCAAGAGUGUCUCUCCCUCUUGACAGUAAUUGCACUGUACCACAACAAUUUCCUUGAGCCUGACUCACAGAUAUAUUUUGUGGUCUCUAUCCACCCUGAAAGCCUCAAUUUUCUCCACACAGCAGCCCCCUCCUUCAUUUUUCUUCUCCCUCCAAAGCCACCUCACAGUACAUCAUUCACUAUCCUGUUUCUAGAUAGUAUUGUUUACUUAAUAUGCAUGUUAUUGUAAAGCACCGGUGAGCACAUUUCUGGCCAUACUCAUUGCAAUGUGUACAGUGUAAAAAAUAUAUAUAUAUAUACAUGAAGGGUGAAAUAGCCUAUUGGAGCUAUGUAAAGACUAGUCCAACGGAUGCUGCAGUUCAUAAGAGCUGUAUUCUGCUGUGGUUUAAGCUGACUUGUUUACUUGAGCUUUAGCACUUUUUGGAAGUGUUGCCUUGGCCUAAUGCCACUUCACCACUGCCAAAGGAUGAAUAAGAAAGAUUUCACCUUUCAUUCUUCCAUCAGACAACAAUUUUCAUUCACUAAUGAAGGCUGGACGUGCCAAACCCAAUCUUCCUUGUAUUUACCUUCUGACACAAAAAUCAUGUGUCUGGCAGAAAGGUACACGCCUCAUUUUUGUAUACUGUCAAGCUUUUCCUAACUUCCCAUGUCGGACUGAGCGAAGUAGUUACUCUGAUGGAGAUGACAUAGGUGAGGCAACCUAGACGAUCAUACUUUUCAAGUUUUUGUUCUACACAAUAACAGGAAAUCAAAGGAAGGAAAUUACAAAACAAUGAAGUACUGUAGUUGACCUGUGUCCAAGUAGUUAAAAAGAUUGAAAGUGUUUUUAAAAUCGAUUUAAUUCCAUUGCAAACGACUGCCACUAAAAAACACUUCUCAAUAUUCGCAUUGGAAGAGUCAUAUCAAAAAGUUCAAUGCCAGUUUUCCGCUAAAAACACAGAGAAGCCGGCCCUGACUUUUUCAUGCUCCUUCAAACGUGAUUACAGAAAGCAGCUGUUUGUUUCUCAGGAAUGUGAGCACUUGAACAAUAGGCUGGUCCAAGAUGUAUUUCAGGACAAUGUUUUUAUACUCCAUCGUAGCUCAGUGAACUAAAAAAAAACAUGUAAAACAAUCAACGUGUGGUGGCUAAAAAAAAAAAAACUAAACAAAAUGAAUGUGAUAUAGCUGUGGUGAAAUGAAAUGAACCAGUACUAUGCUGUUUUUUUUUAUUUAUUCAUUCUGAUUGUAUUGUGUGAUUAAUUUCUUUUUCUUCCCUCUCAUGUUAUAUAUCUGCACUGGAAAUGGGCAUUCUUCACCCGAGGGGGGGCCAGUCCUACCUCAUGGUGAGUGUGAUUAGGAAGAUAUAAGAGAAAUUCCCUGCGUUGGAAAUUAAUUUUGACAAUUU